AUGAAGAUCUCGAGUAUCCUUCUCUGCGCUGUUCCUUCAGCGGCAUUGGUCGUUGAGCUUGGCCAGAACCCCGCCAUCGUCUCGACUGCCUCGGCAGAUAGUCUCCCCUCCGCUUCAUCGUCACCAUUAGAAGCCCCCACCCUCUCGAUUGCUGAAGGCGUACAACCCCAACAACAAGACGGUCGACGGGUCUUCCGGGUCGCUGGGGUUCGACCUGACAACGUCGCUGUACUUUCUGGUCAUGACGAUGCUGCCUCUGAGGCUGUGGUCGAUCAAUGGCCUGAACCCGCCCGUGGAUCUAUCGGGCUAGGCGCAUUAGAAACAGCCCCUGGGUCGACCAAGUCGCUGCGCGCACGGAGUGAAGGCACCCUGGGGCAGACGCCUUGGAUCGGGAUGGCCAUUGGGCUAACCUGUACCGCCCUGGCAGCAGUAAUGCUAGGGUGA